AUGUGUCCUCGGACCCUCCUAACCCGGGUUUAUACAGAAAGCUGGAUGUACAGGAUUUCAGGCCUGGUGCUGAAUGAGGAGGCACUGGAAUGGCUGGAGAUGGGGGCGGGUGAUUUACCUGAGGUCAUAGGUCGGUGUCCUUCCCACCUGCCCCGGCCCCACGCGGCCAGUCGCCCCGGCCCGGCCCCCUGCGGGUUCUCUGGAUCCCCAGCAGAAGCUAGGGAGUGGCCCACACCCACUCGCGCGAACAUCCCUCGUUUUGAUGAGGUCCAGAACUUUCUGGGGACAGGUCCGCUGACCCAUCAGCUCAGGCUUGGUCUUAGGCGAACUGUCCCAGGUACUCAUCCCCUUCUUACAGGAAGGGCUGCGGGGACCUCAGACCAGAGUCCGGGAAAGUGGCCACGAGCUCGCGGCGGCGGCGGCGGCCCUCUCGCCCAGCAGGACAGACCUGGAGGGCCCGGGGCGUUGCUCAGGUUUCGGGGAGGAGGAACUGAGCCAGCCUUAGAGUCCCGGUUGCUAGGGUGCGGGGCCCAGGACGCCGUCUGCGCCUCCAGACCCGGUGCAAGCUCGCCCAGCCUAGCCUUGGGAAGCGAGCGGGACCCGCCCGCCGCGGGGAGCGCAGCGUCCCGGAGAACCGGGCCGCUAGGGACGAAUCGGGGAGCGGCCGGGGUCCCGGCUCCACGUCCUUCUCCGGGGCCAAGCCUCUGGGUCACAACCCGGGCACCGGACACCGCGGGGCGCCACUGGCGCGGGCUCGGCGACUCGGCCAGGGUUCGAGCCUCCGGCCGUCCUCCACCGCGCUCCACGGCGCUCCACGGCGCCCUGGGCUGGGGCGGCCCCUGGCGCUCGGCUCUUCGUCCGAGCGAGGUCUGGGGUGCGGCGAGCGAGCAGCCAGACUCCGGCUCCCGCUUCCGCCGCCGCCGCCGCCCCGUCGAGGCCCUUCCAGGGCAGGGACAAGACUCUCACGGAGACCUCCAUACCGCAGCAUCUUCUCUGAGUGGUAAGGGAGAGCGGGUCAACGAGGGACAACCUCCCACACCUACCCGCGCGCCGGCGGCGCUCAGUGGUCCCACACUUUACUCUUCCCCCUCAGAGCACCUAGUACAUCCAGGCCGGUCCACGCCACGCUCUGCUCCAUUGCGUGGACUUUGCUGAAUCCGGAAGACCGAACCACAGGGUGGGGGGAGCGCCGCUGAGGGCCACACAGAAAAGGCCUGCAGGCUAGUCCUGCUUCCUCGGGCCUGGCCUAGCGCAGGGCAGGUAGAGAUAGCAGAAACUGGGACUCCUGGGGUAGGAGGUGUGUGUGUGUGGGGGGGGGGUCUUCAGGACCGCAAGCCCUUGCCUCUACAUCUAGUUACCUGGGAGCGCCACAGUCAACUCAAGCCAACUUUCUGCACACCCACCACCACCCCACGCCAGGAUCAGCAUGUUCCAUGAAGCCCCAAACUGUACCCACAGACCCUGACUGUCCACUCAUUCAUGAUGCAUAUAUCCCCGUCAGUGCACACAGGCUGCGCACUGAGAAUAUAAGCAAGGCACACAUGGGUAAACCUCCUUGCUCACAGCCAGUAAGGGGCAGGUUUCAGUCUCAGUGCUAACUUAGAGGUCACGGUGACACCACGGGGGGGGGACGACAGAACACCCACAUACACCCACCCAGACUCCUUUCCUCUGCCAGCACUGGGGUUGAGGAUGGAGUCACUGCUCAAGAGUGCCACCAAACCCCAGAGGAGUGCUUAGCCUCAGGAGUGAAUAUCAGACCUAGAAAAGUCUGCCCACCCGCUCUGCACCGAGAAAGUCAGCGGAUAGCCAUUGUGCUUUGCCUGCCAGGAGCGACGCUAUCCUGCCUGUAUCAAACGCAGAGACAGUGCUUGACCAGGGUUCAUGUGGAGAUCUCUUUAUGUGACCGCAAACAAGAGACGCAUAUGGUUCUGGGAAUAAAGUAGUGUGUACAGAUGUAUGGGUCCUGACACACAGGCAGGGAGAUGGAGAGCAGGAGACGCCUCUCCAGCUUCUGGGGACCGAUAACAAAAUGGCAUGCUAGUCUUUGCUUCUCUUGUUCCAGGAUGGAGGAGACUGUGUGGUUAUGGUGGUUUAUCAUUGAUUCUUGUAGAGUGAACACAUAAUCAAGCUACCGAAUGAGGGCAUUCGGGCUGCUUUAGGGAGACACUCUGAGGGUGAAGGGCUGUGUGAGCGAGCCUUUACUCCAGGUCUCGAAGGUACAGGUACGUUCCAAGGCGUCAGGGAAAGUGGUAACCAGACAUACCUGGCCGAUGUAUUGAUGUAUUGCAGGUUACACUGGAUAAAAUACAGAUCUGUCAUAGGAACAGGAGCGCCUGCUCCACAGAAGUCCUGCAGAAGGUCAGCAGUGUGCAGUUCCUGGUGUCCACCCCGGCUGCUGGGAGGAGUGGGGGAGAGACCACACCUGAGCAAGACGUUCUUGCACACACAGCUCCAGAGGUCUGGGGUUUAACUCUCACGUGGAAGGGCUACAGAGGUAGGAAAGUGUACAGACCCUAAGCGAGCUGCCCACCUGUAUGGAGCCAGUGUGGGAGGGCAUCCUUCCAUCAUCCCAGUGGUUCCAGGUGAGGAAAGUGCAGACUAUGCUUGGUAACAUAGCAAAUCUGCUCUCAGUUUCUGGACUGAACCGAAGGCAGGACACAGCCAAUGUAAAGGUCCUGCCCCAGGUCUCUCCCGUGGAGUGGAAAUGAAAGUUCAGCCCCCAGGGCUGCCUGACAGACUGGGCAGUUGCUCUGUCCUUGGCUGCGCUGUGGUGCCUCCCAGCAUCGUCCACAGGUAGUAACCCACCCUGAUUUUGUGUCUGUUUCUCCUGUUUUCCUCUCUCCCGGCUUCUGCCUCCUCAGCUCUUUCUCCGUGCUUUCCCUAUACUUCAGCUCUUCCACUGAACGUGACCACAAAGACCCCGGCUGGAUGCAGGAGUGAAGGCUGAUACAGAUGCCUAAGGUGGCUGUGAAGUCGUGAGUGACAACCCUGUGUGAAACACGGGUUCAUUUUUUUGGACACACAUCUGACUGGAGCCCCGAGGUUGUUUCCUUUUUACCUUUUCUUGGUUCCUGCGUGUUUGAAUAUUUAUAUGCAUUGCUCUCAGGGACAUUUCAGACCCUUCCCUAAUCUCAGUGACCGCCCCCCCGCCCCCAGUGUCGCCUUUGUAGAGUGUGGCUUCAUUGGCAAGGGCUCUGUAGAUGCCAGAUGGAUGGGCAAGGAAAGGGAGAAGGGGGGGGGUUGACAGAGAUACCUCUAGGGAUGUCAAAAGAGUGUUGGGGGGGGCAGGAGAGGGCACAGGAGGCAAAGCACUUGCUGCACAAGCUGAUGACCUGAGUUCAAUUCCUGGGGUCCACGGGAUGGAAGGAGAGAACCCACUCCUCCUAGUUGUCCUCUGACCGUGCGCACAGCGGCAACCCCCACUAUAAAAAAAAACAAACGUAAUAGAAAAAAAUUUAAAGAGCUUUUGGGAUCAGUCAAAAAGAAACACUGCCUUAGGAGUUAGAGGCUCCUUCUGAGCAGGGUGGAAAUGGGUUUGAUACCACUCUUGGGUGCUCCACAGCCAUCCAAGGCCAGCAGCAUCCUGCCUGCAAGGCAGAGGAAGACAAGUCCGAUCCAGCCCAGCGAGUCCUAGAAAUAACAGACAGGGAAAUCAAUAAAACCUGGAACUGUCCAGCCUCUCUCUCUCUCGUUCUGGGUGGUGUGAAGUCCGAGGAAUAGGGGGAUGGAAUAUGAACCAGGGGCUGAUCUCAGAGAGCCCAGGCUGAAGCUUUCACGGAAGCAAAGAGAGCUCUCCACCCCAGCGCUGGGAGAGCAGCAAGAGAAAGAAAGAAGCAAACGAAAUUCCUGAAUGGAUAGGAGAUGCUACGUCAGCGUCAGCGGUACCCAAGUCGCAUCCUCCACUCCACAAGAGAAGAAGAGCCGGGAGAGACCCGCGGUGGCGGCGGCGCAGCCACAGGCCAGCCUCGCCUCUUCGCCUCACAGAGGCAAGGAGCAGUCGCCUAGAAGCAGCCUCCUCCAUCUCAUCGAUGGAUGUCGUCAUAGGUGGCCGGCAUCUCUGGCUUUGGGCUUCUCUGCUGGGCGGGUGGGUGCUCCACCCUCCCGCCCUCUCUCUCUGCCCUGUGGACGUGUGGACCAGUGACAUCCAGCACCACGGACAGCUCCUAGCGGCCUCCGGGUCAGUCAGCUCCACACCGAGGUGUCAGCACCCGAUGUCUCCCUUGGGGUCACUUUGGUCAUUUCAGCCAUCUGUUGAAGUCGGCAAGCUCUUCGGAUGCCUCGUCCACGCCAGGCUGGAAGAGACUCCCAUGGCCCUGUAGAGUCUAGUGGGAAAGCAGACACAACUCAUCUCAGGCCAGCGGUUGCCCUGCGACAAGCCCGGUGGCUUCCUGGAGGACACCGAUAAAUCAGUAAAGCAAGGUCCUCUCCUUGUUCUCCAGAGCAGCAUGAGCCAGGCACUGUGGAAUCUCUGCUCAGGGAAAUGGAUGAGGACCUGUAAGCCCUGGUCCACAGCCUUCCAGCCUGAUUCUCCGGUCCUGGGCAUGGUCAAAGAAGACCUGACCUCGCUCUGUGCUCCCCUUCGAGGCCAAGUGUGUUCCCAGACUAAGAAAGGGCUGGCUCCAGCAAGCAGAAAUGGACAGAGGCAGAGGGCACGUACCUCCUGACAGCUUCUCCCCAGAGCCACGGAAUGAGGGCCUCGCUUGCCCGGUCACUUCCAGCCAGCUGUCCCGCCUGACCCACCUAUUUCCCUGUUGCCUCUCAGCUGCUCCCUAAAUCCUAUCCCAUGUCCAAUAAAGAGCGUUGCAGAUUGAA